AAGUUGAAAUUUGAAAGGAAACUGUUUCCAGGUUCGACCAAAAAUCAUUGCACAGGAAGAAGAAUGAUCAGAACCCAUUCCCCUUUGCUUUCUUUGCAUUCAUCUUCUUCAUCUUCUUUCCUCAAACCCCCAAACUUUCCUCCUAAACCUCUCCUCUGUCAGCUCCCCAAUACCCUAAUCUCCUCCAAAGCUCCUCCUCCUCGCAUGGAAGCUCCCGUUUCCAAUCGAGCCGCCAAUCGCUUCUCCAGUCUCUCUGCUUCCUCAACCCGUCGCGGAAAUGGCUCCGUAGAUUCUACCUUUCAGGGAAGUGAGUCCUUCUUCAGGCGCGUUUUGGGUAGAAUGGAAGAAGUUUAUCUGAACAGAAACCCUACUGCUAAGGCCAUCCUGGAGCUCGUCCGAGCCGUCGUUGGAGGUCAGAUUUGCUAUGACCAUUUUGCAUUCAGGACUUUCGGGGUAAAUGGGCAUGGAAUUGAUUCCGUGGCUAAAUUCUUCUUGGACUUCGGUUACGUGAGACGGGAAGAGCUGAGGUUCCCUGCAAAGAAGUUGAAAGCUUUUUGGUUCUCCCCACCUAAGUCAUUGCAGUUCGAGAGCGGAACUUGUGUUGGUGGGCCCUUGCCAAGAAUUUUCAUAUCAGAACUCCUCGUUGAUCAAAUGAGUCCUGAAACCCAGAUAAGUGAUCCGAGAGAACCCAAAGUGGUGAAAAAAUCUUUAGCCAUGCCUAAAAGGGAAAAAAUGAAACCCCAUUUAAGAACCUAUGCAAUUGGCCUUCUUUUGUUUCAUGAUUCUAGUGAAAGUGAAUAUGCUGCAUGGACGCUUGUUAAUGGCUAUGCCUUGAACCACGUGACUAUAUCUACGCAUCGCUUGAAGUCAAACUUGAGAAGUAUUGAAAAUUUCAAUCGGUUCAUCGAGGAGAAUGGUUUCAAGCUCAACUCAAAAGGAGGUACUUUGAAAGUGAGCCCUGAUGGCCUUCUGCUGCAAAGCUCAACGGUGGCUGAUUCAGCACCUUUCCAAUUCUCGGAUGGGAAAACGGAAUCAGUCCCUUGUUCGUACAUUGAAUUUGCUGAGCGUCUCGUCUUGCCAGAGUUUAAAGAUUUGCCUGAGAAUGAUGUGAAGGAAUUUCACCGGCGAGAUGGCUUCGAGGUCGGAAAUGCAGACAUGAUCUUCGAGAGCACAUCCAAGGAUCAACUUACCAGGCUUUGAUCAUUACUAAUAAUUGUUGGAAUUUGUGUGUUCUGUGUUCUUGCAGCAGCAAGAUGCUCCUGAAAAACGAAACCUCAUACUCCGUAUAUAUUUAUAAAUCAUGUAACACAAAUAAUCCGUAUCGCAGAAAAUCUUUACACAAUGUUUGGUUCAAAAAAUUUGAAUAGAAAAAAAGAAAAUGAACUAGAAAGGAAGAAAAUAGUUUUCUUUAU